AUGUCCGAUUGGCUUCGGCCGGACGAGAAGUUGGACCUGAGACAUGACUUGGCCGAGCCUCUUCAGGCUUUGCAGGCUGCCGUGCAACCUGCAGAAGCAGUCGGUGACCGCGUGGUGCUCGUUCACUGUGACCAGGGCCACAACCGCUCGCCGACUCUCGCCCUGGCUUUCUUCGUUUGCAACGGCCACACACUUCGUCAGGCCUACUGCCGGCUCCUCCGAGCUCGAAUGGACGUCGAUCCAUUGCCGCCCUACAGGCGAGGCCUUGAGCAACUUGAAGUCGAGCUGCGCGGCGAGCGCGGCAACAGCGUUUCGGAGCACGACAUCUUUGCUUUGCACGUGACGCAAUUGAUGAGCCUUCCCAAUCUUCACGAGCUCGCAGAAACUUGUCCGCCACCCCCGCCCCCUCCGGGGCCAGUGGAGACAAUGCGGUCAGACGAUGAGAGGGAGGAGAUGGACGAAAUGUCCGAGGCCUCCCACGCCUUCGAAGUGGCCCUUGCCGUCCGCCGCAGCGCCAUUGCGACGCUUUUGGCGGAGCAGCCCGCGGAAGAAAUGGAGUGCACUCAUGGGCAGGAGUGUUUGCAUUGCUCUGGUGGCGGCGUCGUAUUUUCAGGAGAAGCCCAGAGCAAGGGCACACUCCGAUUCGAUGCAGGCUCGCGGCCUGCCGCCAUGUCAAAGAUGACGUGCCUGUCUUCCACAACUCUUCUGUGUAUGCUGGUGAGAGUCUGUGGCGUGCCGCAUGGGUCCUUUGCCGAUGGGUGCCUCGAUGGCACUUGUGCGGCGACGGCGCUCAUGCAGGUUCGGGUGGCCCAACGCAGUCCCAAGACCGACGCUGGGCAGACGAUCGGUGAGGAGAGUCGUGUGCACGGCGUCAGCAACAAGACCGUGAAUGAGCAACCAUCACAGAGCGAAUCAGCUCGUCAGAUUGUGUUCCUCCACAUUCCGAAGACCGCGGGCACUUCCUUCUUUGCAGAUGCGACGUUCAUGAUUCCAUCCAACAUGUCAUUUCUCGACAAUGGCGAGCUUUCCUUGCUGGGCACCCCACACGUGCAGAACGAGACUCGCGUGGUGAUGAUUCGGAACCCCUUGGAUCAUGUUCUGUCGCAAUUUUUGGAGUGCAAGUUCGACUGGUGGGGUAAGCGUGUCACCGCCGGCACGGACUUCCCUUUCAAACCAGGUGUUUAUGGCGGCCUUUACAACUGGGUUCGACAUUUUACAGACCUCAAGAACGAGUCGGUACAGGGUUUUCCACCCGACAGCAAGGAAUGGGCUCGCGCGGUGAGCCACAACUGCUACAAUCCCUGGAACAUGCAGAGUAGAUACUUGGCCAGUGUCUGGGACCACUACGUGCCCUUUGACGAGCUGCAGCCGGACAUAAAGGUCGCGAGGCAAGGGCUUCAAAGUGUCCAAGUUGUCGGUGUGCCUGAGCUCUACGUGGAAUCUCUCUGCCUGGUCCAUCUGGAAACGCACGGGGGCCUGCCUGAAGGCUGUGCUUGCGGCCAGCAAGGACCGAUUGAACAAAUUAGCACUGAGUCGCAUUACGUUCCGAAUCACUCUAUCAGCGAGCUGCCAGACGAUAUGUUAUCUGAGAUGGCGAAGCUUGUGCGGGUCGAUGCACAGAUCUACGUCGAUGCCCUCAACCGCUUCGAACUUGCUGCACGCCAAGCUGCUGACCGCACUGGCAUCCAGAUGUUUUGCGACGAUCGCCUGGAUCGUGCGUGGGCAAACGCCAACUCCUUGUUGCAAAGGCUUGGGAUGGAGAAUGCAUCCGAGCUGCAACGAGCAUGGAACCACGUCCGUGUCGAGAUAGUCGGAAGACUGCAGAGAAAAGCGCUGCCGAAAGAGCUUACCGGGGAGGUCGCUAGCCUCGGGCGUCGUGGCCUCUGGGCGGCGGCCAUCCACAAAGUGGUGGAGGCGAGGAGCCACCAGCUGCUGGAUGUUGUGCUGUGCAAUGCCGCAGUCACAGCGUGCGCUCGCAGUAAAGCCUGGCAG